AUGUUCACUCUCAGUGUGCCGAUUAUUGACCCGUUCCCCAGGAAAAAGGUGGCUAUAGUCGGCAGCGGUUGCUCGGGAAUCGCUGCUCUUUGGGCGCUCAACCGGACUUAUCACGAUGUCUACCUGUAUGAGGCUGCGGAUCGCCUUGGCGGGCACACAAAUACCGUGUCCUUGAAGAAGGGCAAGUUCUCAACGCAGGUUGACACUGGCUUUGUUGCGUUCAAUGCGGCGACGUACCCAAAUUUUAUGAGCUUCCUUCAAAAGUUUGAUAUCCCGCUUGAGCCAACAGAGAUGAACUUCAGCAUAUCAAGAGAUGGCGGUCUGUUUGAGUGGGCGAGCUCGAAGUGGAGCGCGAUGUUCAGUCAACGGAGGAAUAUCCUGUCCCCCAGGAUGUGGAGGCUACUCUUCGAUGUCGUCCGUUUCAAUCAAUUCGCCGUUGAUCUGCUCAUGGAAGAUGAACAGGCCAGCAAUCCGGAGUCGAUUGGGCAAUACUUGAACCGCGAAGGCUAUUCUGAUGCCUUUCGGGACGAGUAUCUCAUACCCACGAUCGCAGCGGCGUGGAACACCAGCCCCGAUAACUUCUCCCUCGACUUUCCUGCAUCAACGCUGGUCAGGUUUCUGUGGAACCAUCACUUGCUGUCCACAGUGUCCACUCGACCGCAGUGGCUCACGCUGAGGGAUGGGUCGAGGACAUAUGUUGACGCUGUCAUGAAGGGCUUUCCUCCAAAUCACCUGUUCCUGAAGACGGCAGUGCGCAGUGUCACCAACGGCACAGACGGACGCCCGGAGCUACACCUGGAAAACGGUCAAACCGAGGUGUUUGACCACGUUAUCAUUGCGACGCACGGAGACCAAGCACUUUCUCUCAUCGGAUCUUCGGCUACGCCAGAGGAGCGCGCUGUCUUGUCCGCCUUUACGACGACGCAGAACGAAGUUGUGCUUCAUUCAGACCCGUCCCUCAUGCCUACCAGACGAAAGGCAUGGGCAGGACUCAACUACGCAACGCAAACUUCGAAAUUGCGAGGAUACACCAAUGUGAAUGAGGUAUCGCUGACGUACAACAUGAACGCCUUGCAACGGAUACCUAGAGAGCCCUUUGGGGACGUUUUCGUCACACUCAAUCCUCUCCAGAAGCCCCAGAACUCGCUGACCCAUGGCUGGUAUUACUACUCCCAUCCACGCCACACACUCCAGUCGAUUCGGGCCCAGAAUCUCCUGCCAAGCAUACAAAAUAAGCGUGGGAUAAGCUACGCUGGCGCAUGGACGAAAUAUGGCCUUCACGAGGAUGGCUUCAGCAGCGGACUCGCCGUUGCCACUGAGCACUUGGGCGCCAGACUCCCGUUUGAAUUCAAGGAUCCGACGUAUAGCAGGGGCAGGGCGCCAAAGCUAGGGCUGUUUGACCACAUCUUGCGUUUAGUCGUGCUUCUCAUUCAGGUGUUUCUGAUACAGGUGGUCGAGCGGCUCGUAGAGUCUGGGAAGCGCAGAGCGAAGCCGUACGUGAUGGGCGCGGCGAAGAAAGUCAACGGCAAGGCGACAUAG